CUGUUGCCGAUGUGAUAAUAAAGAUAAUCACUAAACAUGUCCCACAACAGAGCACAAGAGCCGUUGGAGGCCCGUCGGGCUGGUGAAUUUUCCUCUCUUCAAUGCCUCUACCAGGCGCGACACGGGUCCUUAUCGUUGGAGCAGGCCCUAAUGGCCUAGCAUGUGCAAUUACACUAGCCACGCUGGGUAUCAAAGCUACUGUCGUCGACGAACGGUCUGAAAGACCAUACGGAGCAAAAGGAUGUCUAAUUCACGCUCGGACUAUGGAAGUCUUGAAAACAAUAGGAAUCUCUGAUAAUCUGCAGGGUAUUGGAAUUCAGUCCAAGGGAAUUGUUUUCUUUGGGGCAGCCAAUCCAUUAUUGAAUGUCGAUAUUGCUGGGCUUUCUGACUCGACUGAAUUUCCGUACAUCCUUCUUACUCCGCAGUCUGAAGCUGAACGGGUAUUUGAGGAAUCUCUAAACGACCGCGGUGUUGAGGUUAUCAGGAAUACUAAGGUAAUAGGGUUUGGAGAGAGCUCCAAAGAGGGGUUACAUGUUUAUUUUGAAGACGGAUCAAGCGUAAUUGCAUCGUAUGUGGUAGGCGCCGAUGGCGCGAAAUCGACUGUCCGAAGUUUAGCAGGCAUUUUGUUCCAAGACCCUUCAAGCAACGUUAUGUAUGAUGAAAAUCCAUCAUCUGCAUCGUUCAUGUUAUUCACCCUUGCGGAUGUUGUCUUGAAUAUCCAUCCGUCAAUUCAUAUUCCAAGAGAUGCCAUCUCGUGGCAUCUCAAUGGGAGGAUCAUGUUUUGUCCUCUCGAACUUCCGGAAAAACUGCAUCAUUUCGACGCACCUGGUUCUUCAUUUUGGAGAAUCGCAAUUGCCACACCUCCCAAGACGGCCACCAUUCCUCCUAGGCACCCAGACCAAGUAUACCUCCAGAAUGAGAUCGACAUUCGGAAACCCUGGAAAGAGUCCAUACGCCUGUAUCAUCUUCAUACAGCAGCAACAUACCGCGUCCGCUCAGCCGUAGCUGAAACCUUUUUUAAAUCAGUUGGGAACGGUAAAAUUUUAUUGGUUGGAGAUUCAGCACAUGUACAUUCACCAUCUGGCGGACAGGGCAUGAACCUUGGAAUCUGUGAUGCAGUCGCUCUAGGAAAAGCUAUUGCGCAGCAUAUCGAAGGUGGCGACGAUGCAAUUUUCGUUGACUAUUCAUCAAAGCGGAAGGAAAUCGCGAUGCAGGUCAUUCAAGCUACCAAAGGUAUGACCGCAAUUAUCAAUAUUCCCAAUGGGUGGCGACGCAGGAUCGCAAGCAUCCUAAUGUAUGCUGCCAACUGGGUCACCCCGAUUCGAAGGAAGAUUGCGCGGAGACUUUCGGGGAUUAGUUAUCGGUAGUAUGUGUACUUACGGUCAUUAUAUCACAAGCCAUGUGGAAAAAUCUGUUCGAAAAAUGUGUCUGUGUAUCUUUGAACGAAGAAGCGUACGCGUAGAGUCUCUAGAGAAUUC